AUGGAGGGGACGGCCAGAGAGACUCGAUUUGCCGGCGACUUACCUCUAUCACCAAGCAGCGGCGUCUUCUCCCGAUCGAAUAAAAGGCAGAUCUACAUUCAUCUGCACAUCUUUCUAAUUUCAAUUUCAAGCAAAAAAAGCAAGAGAAAUCCCAGAGACAAAACAGUCGUUGUGGAGAACAACACAUUCUUCAGUGAAAUCGGUGCCGAAAAGCACGUUACCCGCACUGUGUUUAUGGAUCUGUCGACUACUGUGAUAGAUGAGGUCCGUACUGGGACAUACCGCCAUCUAUUUCACCCGGAACAGCUGCUCACUGGCAAGGACGACGCUGCUAAUAACUUUGCUAGAGGGCUUUACACCAUAACACUGCCAACAACUUUGCUAGAGGGCUUUACACGAUUGGCAAAGAGAUUGUUGAUCUCUGCCUCGACGGGAUUCGAAAGCUAUGUGGUGGCUGUGCAGUCGGUGGUGUAA